AUGGAUUUGCUGAGAGCACUKUCUAGUCUAAAUCUCGACAUUCAGAGGAAGACACUUGAUAUUGUUCUUGAAUUGGUCACUCAUCAGAAUGUCAACGAGGUCGUGCAGACAUUGAAGAAAGAAGUUGUGAAGAAACAAAGCGGAGAGCUUGAGAAGAAUGGUGAUUAUAGACAGAUGAUUCUCCGAGCUAUUCACACUUGUGCGGUUCGGUUCCCUGAAGUAGCAAGCACAGUGGUACAUCUUUUGAUGGAAUUCUUGGGUGACACCAACGUGGCUUCAGCUCUUUAUGUAGCUUUUUUUGUCAGAGAUAUAAUAGAAACAAACUCCAAACAGAACAACAAAGGAACCGAUCUCCAUCUGGACCGAACAAUAUAA